AUGGCCGCCAUGCGCACGGAUGACUACAUUUCUGGAUCCGAGGGGGAGCUGCUGCAACCCGAGCCUCGCUCCAAGCCGCGCCGCUGGGCCACGGUCUUGCCGCUACUGGCGACCGCGGCUGGCUUGGCGUUGAUGGUGACUCUCUCUAUGAGGCCGCGCGCAAAGAAGACCGCAGUUGCCGUGCGUGGCGCAGAGAUCCUGCAGGAGGAGAGCGAGGGCGGCGAGGGCGAGGGCGAGGGCGAGGGCGAGGGAGACGGGAAUGAAGCGCCCAGGUGUGGCAACCCAGGAGAAUCUUGCCUUGAGUCGGGGUGUUGCGUGGACGGUGGCGAGAACGGUUACCAGUGCUAUCACAAGACUGACGGAUGGGCAGAGUGUGCGGACACGUGCAAAAAUGGCCAGGUGACCGACGGCGAGACAGAUGGCACGUACGACGAGGGGGGCAAUUUCCAGCCCACCACAUGGAGCUGCAAGGAGGUAGGUCGCCGCUCCAAGAAGGCCUGCACAUUCUUCUCGAAGAAGAGUGAUUGCGAUACAGACCGCUGUGUCUGGGGCAGGUCGAAUGGCUCUGACGCCUGCUUGUCGAUCUGUGGCCAGAUGCCCGACGAAGGGGCGUGCGGGUCGCAGAAGCACUGCAUGUGGUACGACGGCGUGUGCAAGCCCGGCUGCGGCUCCGAGGCCAAGUGCCCCACGGACAGGUGCGUGGAGCAGGAGGACAAGAGCUGCAUCCAGGCCUGCUGGACCUACCAGAGCCAGGACGAUUGCCCGAUCGAGCAGGCCUGCAUCUUCGAGGACCUGGAGUGCAGGGCAGACCCGUGCUCUUCGCCCGACGAGAGCUGUCUCGAGACCAAGUGCUGCAGCCAGAAGCGCGGUGCCGGGGGGAUGACCUGCUUCUCGAAGGACGAGACCUUUGCCCAGUGCAAGCGUAAUUGCUGGGAGGACGGCUGGGGCUGCGAGAAGUUGGGCAAUCGCACCAAGCUGGCCGCCGGCUGCUCGUGGCCCGGGCAGGACUGCCGGCAGACGAGGUUGUGCUGCCAGGAGGGCUUCGCUUGCGCCGUGAAGGACGACUUGUUCACGGGGUGCACCCAGACCGAGGAGAAGCACACGUGGGCCAGCAAGUCGAUCGACAUCCCAUCCGACUGGGAGGGCACUGUCCUCGGCGGCAGCCGCGCGGAGUACUCGGUUCCCGCUGCCGGCGACGACGAGGAGAAGAUGGGCGACGUGCUAUUCUGCUUCAUGGCUUACCUGCCCGACUCGGGGGAGGUGGCCCUCAUGGAGCUCGCGAGGGAGUUGAACGCGAGCAUCUUCGGGUGCGACUCCAGCUCCGUCUAUCAGUCGUGGGGGUCGGGAUCCGCGGGCUGGGACACCGGCGAGUCCACGAUCACCAACACCGACGUCUUCCUCAAGGUCUGGCAGCAGGUGUUCGACGAGGGCAAGUGGCUGACCGCGGACUGGACCGUCAAAGUCGAUCCAGACGCAGUGCUGGUCGCCGAUCGCCUGAAGUCGCACAUCCGCGCGUUGAACGCACCAGCCUACAGGCCCAUCUACCUCAAGAAUAACGGCAUGGACCCAGGCUUGGGCAACGAUGGCUUCCUUGGUGCCAUCGAGGUCUUCUCGAACUUCGCGGUCGAGAUCUACUUCGACAAUUGGGAGGGCUGCAGGGACGCCUACGGCCUCAACACUGGCGAGGACGGCUUCUUCAAGGGAUGCAUGGACUCUCUCGGCGUCGGUUUCAUGACGGAUACGAAUAUAUUCAAGCCAGACUUCUCCCCAGGUGGGUGCGCAAACGGGGACAUGGUGGGGUUCCACCCGCUGAAGGAGUCGAGCCAGUGGCGCUGCUGCUGGGACAUCGUCCUCGGCAAGAACAGGAAGGUCGACUUCGGAAAGUGCGACAUGGGCGAGGACGGGAUGGGCCCCGCCGAGGAGCCCCCCAGCUACGUCAUGCCCGGCGGGCGCUGA